CGAGGUCGAUGGGCAAAGGUACUUCUAGAAGAAGUCUUCCCAGAUACCGAAGGAAUCGUCCGCAGAGUAACUGUUAGAACGGCGAACGGAGUGUAUCAGAGAGAUGUACGAAAGAUUUGGCUGCUAGAAGGAAACCUGUUGGGACAAGAGACAGUUGUACAAACCUGA